CGUUUGCUUCCAUUGGAAUCGUGGGAUACAUAAUUGUCUUGUAUUCUGCCGAAGUAAAUUCUCUAAUUGUUAAAUACAUGGCUACUUGGAUUAUAGAUAUAGGUAUAGCUCCAUGUGGAGUUCUUUGUAUUACAUGGCUAUCAAACAAUCUGGCACCACCACUAAAGCGUAAUAUAGGUAUUGCGAUGAUGCUAAGUUUCGGUAACGCUGGAGGUUUAAUUGCCGCUCAGAUAUAUCGUUCUGUAGAUUACCCUAAUUACGUCCCUGGUCAUAUUAUUGCAUCUGGUUUCUUAUUGGCGUCUAUUUGUUUGUGUAUAAUCCAGUAUGGAGCUUUAUUCCGUCUUAAUGAAUUGAAAAAAAAGGAAAGAAUUAAAAUUGAAAGUACAGGUGAUGAAAAAAUUGAUGAUGAAUGGAAAUUAGGAGAUAGACAUUAUGGAUUUAUCUAUUGUUUGUAA